ACGGGAAAAUACUAAAGAGCUCCCACUCCGACCAUUUAUGAAUACCGCGAGCUCUCGAUACCACGUGGCGCUGCUGCUCAAGAUACUUCCCAACGGAUACGCUGAAAAUGUCUUUCAAAGCUGGAUCAUAAUAGUGACGGUUACUUCGAAACCGUAAUUACGUCUCCUUUUGACGCAACCCCCCAAACGAGGGUAGUACGCCAUCGUCCGAUUUCGGGAGUUGUCUUUGAAUAGACGAUCUUUGCUUCGGAUUCACCCCAGCCCCAACUCGCUGACGCAGGGCGGCGCGGUGCUCUUCGCUGUCACCUCUGACCCGCCCCGCCGUUGACGGGAUGACUGACGAGCCGGGAGCCUUCGCCUCGUCGUUUGAGGAGGAGGGAGCUUCACCUGCCGAGUGAAAGGCGACGAGCGAGGCUCGCCCAUUUGCAAUGGCCUUCGACUUGUAGCGGCCGUGAGAGAUUUCCCGACCCCGUCAAGUGACGACGACACCGGUGAGCGCCGAUGUCUGCCGCGUCUUCGCCCGCAGCCGCCGCGGUGAAAAAGAAGCACGUCCGCUUCGCCAGCAUGGACGACGAGCAGGAAGAGGACACCUUGUUUGACAAGAGGAAGGACGCCGAGCGAGGCGGUCUCAAGAGUGCGCUCAAGGCGGCCAAGAGGAAGACGAAAGCGGGAUGCGGCGACCGGGUGAAAGUGGUCGGAGGGGGCGGACGCGCGUCGUGCGGCCGCUGGAUGGUCAGCCUGACACUCUGCGCGUCUUUUCUGGGCCUGGGGAUGGGUAUCUCGGUGAUCGGACCCACGUUUGAGGACCUGGCUUCAAACGUGAAGAAGGACAUCAGCAAUAUUUCCUACAUCUUCGUCGGCCGGUCUGCAGGCUACAUCGGCGGCUCACUUUUGGGAGGUGUUCUUUUUGACUGUCUGAACCCCAAUCUGCUGCUAGGUUUUUCGAUGCUGAUCACGUCGUGCGGAAUGUGCGCUAUCCCUUUUUGCAAACAUGCCCUGCUGCUCACCGGCUUCAUGUCCAGCAUCGGCAUCUCGAUGGGGAUUCUGGACACAGGUGGGAACGUCCUCAUACUGCAGACGUGGGGCGAGCAGGCCGGACCCCACAUGCAGGCUCUCCACUUCAGUUUUGCCGCCGGCGCCUUUGCGUCGCCAAUCAUCGCCAAGCUGCUGUUGGGCCACCACGGCAACAGCAGCGGCGGCGGCGGCACGGCAAGCGUCUCGAGCAACGCCACGUCCCCCGUCGCCACGUGGCCCAUCGCGAACGACGAUCACGCCAUCGUCCGGCUGGUCCGCGGCGGCGGCGGCAACCCGACAUCCAUGUGGGCCAACGUCGUGAUCGGCCUGUUCGUCCUCCUCACCUCCGUCCCGUUCUUCCUGCUCUCCGUCGGCGGCGACGCGUCGCGCGACAAAGGCCGGCAGCCCUCGGCGAAGCCCCCGGUGGCCCGACACCACACGGCGCUCGUGGCCCUGCUCUUCUUCUUCUUCUUCGCCUACGUCGGCGCCGAGGUGGCCUACGGCUCGUUCAUUUUCACCUUUGCCAAGGAUUUUGCUCAGAUGACUCAGUCCCAGGCGGCCGGCUUGAAUUCGUUAUUCUGGGCCACGUUUGCCGCCUGCCGGGGGCUGGCCAUCUUCUUCGCGUCCUGCAUGUACCCGGGCACCAUGAUCCUGCUCAGCCUGGUGGGCACCACGCUGUCUUCCCUCUUCCUCUGCCUCUUUAGCAAGGACAAAGCCAUGCUGUGGAUUUGCACGGCCUUCUACGGGGCUUCCAUGUCCUCGACUUUCCCCAGCGGGAUUUCCUGGCUGGAGCAGUACACCACCGUAACGGGUCGCUCGGCGGCGGCCUUCGUGGUGGGCGCCGCCCUGGGCGAGAUGGCGUUGCCCGCUCUUGUGGGCUUCCUGCUCGGAAAGAUUCACGGACACCCCUUGCUGAUGUACGUGUCGCUGGGCACGGCGACCUUCACCGCCAUCCUUUUUCCGGUCAUGUACAAGCUGGCCUCCGUCUCCGCCGGCCCCGUCAGAAAACGCCACAGGAGGGGGCCGCCCGACGCCGACGACAGCGAGUACCGACGGGCGCUGCUGGAUUCGGGAGCGAUUGAUGAGGAGGAGGACGAGGAGGAGAACGACGCCGAUCAGUGGAACGAUGCGGACUUUGAAGUCAUCGAAAUGGACGACACGGCGAGUCUCGUCGGUUCGCCCGGUAAGGCGGCUUCUUCCUCCAACCCCGAUGGUGGCGCGGCUUCCUCCGGCACGCAGAUGAGCGAACCUGCAAAGGAGUCCUCGUCAUCCGACGCCAUUUCCCUGGUGGGAGACUCCCCCAAACGCAAACUGCUGCUCUUUGCUGACAGAGUCAAGAGAGACUGAAAUCUCCUUUUCAGAUUUCCCAACACCUGAUUUUAACCACGAUUUGUCAUCACCUGCGGACAGAGAUGUUGACCAGCAAAGAAGAAGAAGAAGAAUACCCUGCCUGGCCAGAAAUGGCGCCUGUCGAUUGUUUGGCUUUGACCCGUUCACCGGCAGCCCGGUUCAAACGGAUCUUGGACUUGGAAAGCCAUCAAUGGCGGCGGCCGAGUUCAUUUGAGUCUCCGGCGAUUAAAAACGAAGGACGUGCAGACGUCAACGCCGAUUCUGACCCACUUCUUCUGUUUACAAGUCAACUCUAGGCGAAGUUCCAUCCAUCUGUUUUCCAUCAGUCAAAACAGAAUAGAAAAUGGAAAACAAUGCAUCGGCCCCUCAAAUUUGAUGCCAACGAAUGCUCGAGCGGCAAAAUGCCAUCGUUUUUGUGUGUGCUAAGUGUAUCAUCACUGUGAUUCAACCUUUUAGGUUAGAAAAAAAAACAUUUGAAUGCGAGAACUUUUUAUUCAAUCAAUUUCAACCCACAGCAAUAGCAUUUUUUUUUCUUUUUACAUUUUUACUAACAACAGAUAUUCAGAUCUUGACAUGGUUUGAUGACAGACAGCACAGAGUUUGAAACAUACUUACCAGUAAUGCACAGAUAGACGUUAUCAAAACAGUAUUGCAACAGUCCCUGGUUUA